AGAUGUUACUUUUGUUCAAAAUUGGAACCCCUUUUUCGAUAGAAAAUGUCAUACUAUUUUAUAAAUGUUGACAUGUACAUGAAGAUGUUGUAUUGUCUUAACUGUUACCAUAUUGUAGUAAAGAGAUAAAUUAAACGCAAACUUAUAUAUCUAUAUGUGAACACAUUUUUACCAUCUAGUCUAUCAAAUUGUUAAUUUCAUGCAGUUCACAUUCAGUUGAAAAUAACGAUGUAUAGUGAUUGCAUUAAAAUAACAGCACUGUAUAAACUACAUGUAUAUACAUGUUUCCGUAUAUUGCACAUGAACUUAUCGACAUCUAUAGAAUACAAUUUGAAACAACGGAAACAAAAUUAGAGAAAACUGUCGCUCUUUUAAAUGACAUAGUUCAGAAUCUCGAAACACGCUUUGAGUUAAAAGUACCGGUGGAGCAGAUGAAGAAUCAGUCAAAAGCUGUUUAUGGCCAUUUGCAUUAUUUACAACAGCUCUGUAAAGAUGAUGAACGUUUGUUGAAAGAAUGGCAAAGCGGUUUUAAAGACAAUGUUCCUUUGUCUCAAGAGGAGACAAAACAAAGGGAAGAAGUUGUAGAUGCGGAUAUUAAGGGUGACAAAAUACAGUUUUCAGAAACACACCUCACUGGUGACAAAAAGAUAAUAUAUGACGAUUUGGGUACAUCUAAGAUGUUGGCACAAGACAAGAUAAAGCCUUCAGAGAUCCAUUUAAGGCACACAAAGGAUAUGGCUUUGAAAGAGUGUGAUGAGAAAACACAGCAAGCCUUGACAGAAAUGUUCCGACCAGGUCCAGCAUUGCUAGUUGAAAGUACUGACCUUAAAUUUUAUAAACAGACAAUCAAAUCUUACUAUCAUAUAUUGGUUUCCGAUCCACUUUUUGAGCGUGACACAAAUAUUGUGGAAGACAUUAAGGCGUUCUUGUCAGAGUUAACUUCACAUCGUGAAACAAAACUGAUUGAGAAUCUUAAACUACAAGGCAAAAUAGAACAAUCAUCAAGAGUAUCCCUAAAGCAACCAAAUGAAGAUGAACUAAGGCGUAGUAUGUCUCUUACCCAAAAUAAAGGAAAAGAUCGAAAAAAGGGCGGACUGAUAAAGGUUGACGACAAACAGGUUUCGACUGCGUCUUUACAAGUGCGAGGCAGGCGUGUAACUUUGUGGUGCCUUCAACGGAUACAGGUUAAUUUGGAGUGCAUGACUGUCCAAAUAAAACGGAUACGAAUGUCUCUAUCUCGGUUAAACACGGGUUUAUGUCACAUCGAUAGUGCAAAUAUCCGAAAGUCACUGGAUCUUUUAUCUCUUACAGAGGAAUGGUCCCAAGUGAAAAAGGUAGCACAAUAUUGUCGACAUUCAAAAGAUUCGUUGAUACGCAAACAAAGACUGUAUGAACAUCUAGAUUGGACAGAUUAUGAUAGAGAAGAAAGUUUGAGGUCUAUACUAAAUGAAUUGGGAACAAACCUGCGAUCGAUUCAGUUUUACAAGAAAGGUUAUGAAGGGAAUAAGACAAUUAAAGUUACCCAAACAGAACCACAUUACAACCCCCCCAAAAAAGGAAAAUUAGUUCUGCAUAGUUCCAUGAAGCAAUCUCAAUUUGAUUAAAGUUGCAAGAACCUGCUUUAUAAUCAAGCUUAAAAAACUAUUAUACCGCAUAAAAACUGGGUUAUGAAUUGGCAUUCAAGCACAUUUACUUACAUGAUUGUGUAUUUAGAAACUUUACAAUGUAAACUCUAUUUUACAUACUUUUUGUUUGAUUUAGUUUAUGUCACACCGACACAGUAAAGGUCAUAUGGCGACGUCCAGCUUUACUGGUGGAUGAUGACCACAGGUGCCCUUUCAUGCAUUAAGGAGGCAGGGGACAUAUUCGAAUGAUUUAAUAACUCAGACAUGGUGUUUUAAAGGUACUGGAAACUUCUGAUAUUUCUCUGUAAUUGUAAUUCUUUCUUGUUUGUGUGUAGGAAAUGAGCAGUAUUUUUGGAUUUUUACCCGAAACUAAGCAUUUUGGUAGCUUUGUAUGUAUUUGUGACUCUCCGAAUGGAGGUAAAAAAGUUUAAAAAUCAAGCUUUGAC